CCACCACAGACAGAGGCAUCGCGUUUGUUUAUCACUCUUUCCCAGGCAGCCUGGGAGUAGUUGAGUAGCAUGUUUAUGGAAAUCUGCUCGUGUGUGUGUGGCUUUGUGUGGUUCCGUUUAAGUGUGAUGGGAUAGUUUGCAAAUCAAGUGGCAGGACCUGUCUCUCCAAAUGUGCCUUUACACCAGUCACAACCAUCCUCGGUCAUCUCUGAUCGGUCACGCAUGAGAGACGCUGGAGGGACAGUACAGAAGUGACUGAACGCGUACUGACUACACCGAGACAGCGGAAAUCCUUCCAUCGCUGCUUACAGGGUGUCUGGCGAUCAAGGGACCGAACGAGGCUAAUUGGCUCUCAUAACCCUGUAUUAUAAUCUCGGUAGUUACGGACGCCCACCGGCAGGACACGGCACGAGCGCCAUCUGUGCGCUUUAUUUUCUCCUAGUGGCAACGAGGGGUGAGAGGGAGGGAGGAGAGGGGUGUUUGAAUCUAUCCGCCUGCACAAUCAAUUCACCACCUCGGCUGGCAGAGGACGUGAGGUGCCUUCUUAGUUCAUGGAUUUUACGGUUUUACUCGGACGCACGGUACUCCGAUGGCUGUUUGUCUCGACGUGGGCUCUUAAAACCAAAGGUUCACUCACUCCGAGGGUGAGUUUUUUGGCGUAGCUAACAGCAGAACGCACGAUGGCUGAGCCGCAGGCUUCCGAAUCCGUGGCGGGACCCUUGUACGAGCCCAUCUCCGAGGCGACCACCCCGACCCAGGACCUAGCGGCAGCGGCGGCGGCGCUGAACAUCAGCGAUUCCUACCAGACAUACCUGGACGCGUCGGUGGCUGGGCACCCGGUGUACGGGGCCGAGGGGGUGUACUCUAACGGACGGUACAGGGAGCACAGCAGCCCGCGGAUCUGUACCCGAAUCCGCGACAGUUCUGCAGAGAGGUGCACCGGCACCGGGAAUCCACCUUGCGGUAUUAUGAAGGAUGGUUCAAAACAGAAGCAGGCAAGAAAGAAGACUGUCUCAUUUAGCUCCAUGCCAAGGGACCGCAAGAUGAACAGCACAGCCGCCUGCAUGGCCUUCAUGAUGGAAGGCUGUGAGAUGAAGAAAGUUCGCUCCAAUUCUCGCAUGUACAAUCGUUACUUCCUGUUGGACCCUGACAUGCGCUGGCUCCGCUGGGAGCCAUCAAAGAAAGACUCAGAGAAGGCAAAGCUUGAGAUCAAGAGCAUCAAAGAAGUUCGAUUGGGGAAAAAAACACCAAUCCUUCGCAGCAACGGCCUCUCCGAUCAGUUCCCAGAUGAGUGCGCGUUCUCAAUUAUAUAUGGAGACAACUACGAGUCCCUAGAUCUGGUCGCCAGCACAGCAGAUCUGGUUAGCACCUGGGUGAUGGGCUUGCGUUACCUGGUCUCAUAUGGGCGGCACAUGGUGGGUGUAGUCGAACCAAGUCAACCCAGUUUGAGAACAUCCUGGAUUGGGUCCAUGUUCGAGCUAGCUGACCCAGAAAGUAAAGGAUACAUUGACCUGUUCCGGGCCACCCAAAUCAUCAAGGGUCUCAAUCCUGGCAUGAGGGAGUCUCGUAUUGAACUGAAGUUCAAAGAGCUACAAAAGGCAAAGGACUGCUAUGGUGAAGGCAUUGAUUUAGACAUAUUUGUGGAGGCAUACUGUGAGCUGUGCACACGUCCUGAGAUCUUUUUCUUGCUGGUGCAGUUCUCCAGCAACAAAGAGUACCUGGACUCCAAGGACUUAAUGCUCUUUGUGGAGGUGGAGCAGGGAGUCGAGGGAGUCACCGAGGAAAUGUGUCGGGAGGUUGUUCGCAAAUAUGAACCCUCCGUGGAAGGACGUGACAAUGGCUACUUGUCCAUAGAUGGCUUCACACACUACCUCCUGUCAUCUGAGUGCCAUAUUUUUGACCCACAGCACAAGCAUGUUUGUCAGGAUAUGACACAGCCCCUUUCACACUACUACAUCAACUCUUCCCACAAUGCCUCCCUUUUGGAAGAUCAAUACUGGGGCUCAUCAGACCUCAGCAGCUAUGUUCGGGCUCUACGCAUGGGUUGUCGAAGCCUGGAGGUUGUAGUCUGGGAUGGCGUUGACUGUGAGCCAGUGGUCUAUGUCCGUAGCUCUGUUGCCUCCCAGCUGGCCUUCUGUAAAGUUCUAGAUGUCAUUAACCAGUAUGCCUUUGAGAGUUCAGAGUAUCCAGUAAUCCUCUGUCUUGUCACACACUGCAGUGUUCCCCAGCAGAGGGUCAUGGCUCAACACCUGAAGAAGAUCCUUGGGGACAAAUUGCACACUGAUCCUCCCAAUAUGGAGGAUCACUACUUGCCCUCCCCUGAAAAACUCAAGGGAAAGAUACUCAUCAAAGGGAAGAGUCUGCCUUCAGAUUCGCAAGACUCUGAAGGGGAGGUCACAGAUGAAGACGAAGGUUCCGAAAUGUCUAGGAGAAUGAUGGAUGGAGAAGAUAUGGACCAGCUCAAUGGGAUUGGCUGUAAACGGUUACGACUCUGCAAAGAACUUUCUGACCUAGUCACCCUGUGCAAGUCUGUUCAGUUCCAUGACUUUGAGACAUCGAAACAGGAACAGAAGUAUUGGGACAUUUGCUCCUUUAACGAGGUUGAUGCAAACCGCUUUGCCAAUGAGUUUCCUGAGGACUUUGUCUCCUACAAUAAGCGUUUUCUGUCAAGGGUGUACCCUACACCCAUGCGCAUUGAUGCUAGCAAUAUGAAUCCACAGGACUUCUGGAAGUGUGGUUGUCAAAUUGUUGCCAUGAAUUACCAGACUCCAGGUUUGAUGAUGGAUUUGAACCUUGGUUGGUUUAGGCAAAAUGGCAACUGCGGCUAUGUCCUACGUCCAGCCAUAAUGCGUGAGGAGGUGUCAUAUUUCAGUGCCAAUGCUCGUGACUCACUUCCUGGAGUCUCAGCCCAACUUCUUCACAUCAAGGUGAUCAGCGGUCAAAACCUACCAAAGCCUCGAGGCUCAGCUGCUAAAGGUGAUGUGGUAGAGCCGUACAUCUAUGUGGAGAUUCACGGAAUUCCUGCAGACUGCGCAGAACAACGCACAAAAACUGUCUCUCAAAAUGGUGACAAUCCGAUAUUUGAUGAAAGCUUUGAGUUCCAGAUCAACCUUCCUGAAUUGGCUGCUUUGCGUUUUGUUGUCCUUGAUGAUGACUACAUUGGUGAUGAAUUUAUUGGCCAGUACACCAUUCCUUUUGAGUGCCUGCUCCCUGGUUACCGCCACUUACCACUGCAGUCACUUACAGGGGAGUUUUUGCCAAACACAACGCUUUUUGUUCACGUUGCUAUUACAAAUCGGCGAGGUGGGGGCAAGGCCCAUAAGAGGGGUCUCUCUGUGAGAAAGGGUCGUAAAGCAAGGGAAUACACCUCCACUAAGACCACUGGGAUCAAGGUGGUAGAUGAGCUCUUCAGGGCAUCAACCCAGCCAAUAAGGGAAGCAACAGACCUACGGGAAAAUGUGCAGAACGCCAUGGUGUCAUUCAAGGAGCUCUGCGGCUUGACUCCGGCAGCUAACAUGAAACAGUGUAUCCUGACUGUGUCCUCCUGGCUGAUGAACAGCGAGCGAGCUCAGCGGGUAACAGUAGAUCUGAGCGGGGCCUACCCCACCAUGGAGGCCCAUGGCCCCGUUCCAGAGCUACUGCGUAAAGUGCUCACCGCUUAUGACACGAUGAUCCAGACGAGUCGCACACUGAUCGAAUCAGCCGAUGGCGUGUACUCUAAACUUACACAAGCACAGCGAGCAGGAUUGGACUUUCAUGAGGAUCUGCAUCGGAUCGGGGCGAGAGAAGGACUGAAAGGGAGGAAGUUACAGAAGGCCAUGGAGAGUUACGCUUGGAACAUCACUGUGCUGAAGGGCCAGGCAGACUUGCUGAAGCAUGCUAAAGGAGAAGCGGUGGACACUUUGCGACAGAUUCAUUGUGCUGCUCACUCGUGCGGCUUGGCCAAGAGCGGAGCCUCCACAUCCCCUGCCUCUCCUCUACUGCCCCCCCACGCACGGCCCCUGCACACCAUCCACGAGACUGAGCCAGACAACACCACCCUGCACUGAGAGAGACAAGGUUUUUUUAGUUUAUCCAUUUUGUGAGGAAGGGAGACCAGGGAAAGGGAGUCAGGUGGGUUGAAUCAGUGAAGGACACACAGAAGACAGUUUUGAUCAAUGUGCUUUAAUCUCUUCCCAGCUCCUCCAUGCCUGCUGGGCUCAGGUCUUACAUUAGUAUCCCCAGCGUGGAGUCAUGUUUUAAAGGAUUAUAGUGACCUACACUUCUGUGAACACAACUGCUGUUGAAAAUAAGCUGUGAUCACUUACUCUAGCCACGACUCCAGUCAAAACCCCUGGAGUCAUUUAUUCAAUGAAAAUGAACAUUUUGUCAUCGUUUGUUCAACUUAAAGUCGUUCCAAACCUGUAUGACUUUCUUCCAUUGAACACAAAAGAAUGUAUUUUGAAAUAUUAAUGUUCUCAUGGUUUUGUCCGUGCAUUCAAAGCCAAUGGGGCGCCAGACUCCAGAUGCAACCGAAUUUUUCGAAAAGUACAAAACUGCUUGCUGAUAGAGAUGUAAAGCAUUUUGAGCAAACAAAGAGAGCUUCAGGAAACAGAACAAGACAGAAAAUAAAACGCAGACCACUUACACAGGCUAAGGCCUCCUCAUUUUACACCAGUUUAGAACUAAAGAGUCUCUCACUCCCCCUGCUGGCUCCUCCACACAUUUGUGUGAAAUUUAGAACUGACUAAUAGAAAAACUGUCAGCUCAAUACACCUUGGUCCUAAAAGGGCCUUUCUCAAGGGAUCAUGUGUGUGAUGCAUAAGGAAAAGUGUGUACAUUGUUUCUAAACUGGAAACUGGAAACAUCCCAUUGAGAUAGACUCUACCGGGGAAGAUUAGAAACUCUGGGAAAAUACGGAUCUCAGUCGUCGAGAAAAGCACCACUGAGGAUAAGACAAGCAAAUAAAUAUUUCAAUAAAUGAAGAAUUAAUAGUUUUAAGACAAAGGACACUUGACCAUCCCAUUAAGAUACACAUCACACCCCGUUCAUGAAUAUUGUUAUUACUGCUGUUAAUAUUGUGGGUAGGUGUCGUUGAUUAUAAUGGAGGUUAUUUUAUAUUUAUGUAAACGGGUGUCAUUCUGUACCAGUUUUCUUCAGUGGAAACUUCACAGGAACAGAAAAUGUGAACGGUUGGGAGACAAAGGUACCAAAGUUGGAAAUAUAGUUUGGGUCAAAGAAUUUGGGUGUUUACUGUCACAUUAAUGUCAAAUAACAAUCUGAGUGAGAUGAUGUGCAUCAUUUAUAAAGCCCACAUGAUGUUAUAUAAAGAGCUGAAUGACACCAGAAACGUCUCCAGGUCAUUUGUUUCUACUUAUGUUGUAUUACAUUUUCCCAAAAAUCAGAGGACCUAAACUACUGUUCAAAAAUGUUGUUGAUAACAUUUUUUAUUGCUUCUGAAAUAAAUCUUAUGCUCAACAAGGCUGCAUUUAUUUGAUCAAAAAUACAGUUAUAUUGUGAAAUAUUAUUACAACUUAAUUCUUAUUGUUAUCAAUGUUAAAGUCAAUGUUAUUUGACAGAAAUCUUCUGUAACAUUAUUUGAUCACUUUAAUGCAUCAUUGCUGAAUAAAAGCUUUUCAAACGUA